CACAAACAUCCGGAUGGUACGCAACAAAAUGCAACAAUUGGCGCAGAGUUUGUUGCGUACAGAUACGCGUUUACAAUUGUUUAAUUCAGUAGGCCUACGCUGAAAAGGGACUCUCGUUGCACUAGACGUCAGUGAGAUGCGAUUUUUUUAAUUACAAGAGAUUACAAUUUUUUGUCAAGCAACAUUAUGCCUAUACAGUUUUUAAUAAAUACAGUAUUUAUUUAUUAAAAUAUUUAUUUAUUACAAUAUGUUUUGCUGGGUAAAAUAUAUGUGUCGAACGUUACUAAUUUAUUAGUGGAAUCUUUACUUUUGAACUUUUUGUGCAAUUCUCUCAAAAUCACAUGUAAAAAGUUAUUUUGUAAAGAGUCCUAAAAUUAGAGAUAAAACAAGUUGUCUACGAAUACAGGAAAACAAAAUCUUUUUUUUUUUUAAAUUAGGCACUUCACCUUUAAUAUUUGGUUUAUUUAGUUGUUAAUGCCGUUUUUAUUGUUAUUUCUACAUUGUUGUUCUCGGUUAAAAUAAGAAAAACCCGUGACGUAAGGACAUGCGUCUGACGCAAGGCGUGACGGAACACGUACAACAACUAUUACAAACCCAAUUUAAAAACGCUAAAUGUGAUUAACUUUAGCGUUAAAAUAUUUCAUCGUGCAAGAGAGAUCAUAUUUUAUCAUUGUUUGAUCUGACUCUCUUCUAAUGGUCAGUGUUCAGAUGUUAAAGAGAUUCCCCACGCCUUCCAGUAGGCCUGUUAUCAAAUAAUUUGUGUGCGUCCGAAUAACGAAGACAGCACGCUCCAUAACAAAAAGAAGCUGCAGGAUCAAAUCCACUUUACUUCUAUCGUCUCCGCCCAUAUAAAGGUGACGAAAACAUAUGGAGACACUUCAAUACGUGCAUGUUUAGCGGGUUUGUGAGGAGGUGACAUGGCUGCUGCUGAUGUGAAAAAAGUUUUGCAGUUAAAGCAUCAGCUCAAAGAUUCCUGUGAAGGACACACGGUGCUGAAAAUCUUAAAGAAACUUCAAGACCUGGACAUAACACUUGAUAUUCUGUCUGAAACUGGAAUUGGCAAACUGGUUAACUCAUUUCGGAAACAUGAUCAGGCAGGAAAGGUGGCAAAAAUGUUAGUAAAUCGAUGGAAAGCACUUGUCCCAAAAGACUCUCUAAGUGGAGAACAGCCCAACAAAGAAGUUGAAGAAAGACGUAGCAGUCAUCUUUCAGAGAGUACCAAUUCUAGAAAAAAACCAAAAAGUGACAAUUUUAGCGCCAACAAGAAAACAUCCCAAAACAAUGACGUUGAAAGUGAAAUGAAAUCCAGUAAAUCUGAAGCCUCUUUGAAUGGUGUUAAAAAGGAUAGGGCGACAAAAGAUUCCCGAACCUCAAAGUCUCAUAGCCAUGGGAAGGAAAAGGCUAUUAGUACUGACCAUAUGAAGUGUGAAGAUAAAAAGACUGAGAAGGUUUCUAGUAUAACAAAGAAACAACCAAAUCCGACACUUGUACGAGCGAAGGCUUUAAAAUCAGCAGCAGUGCAAAGUGAAAAAAGUGCAGAUGCAAGCAAGAAAGAUACAAUGAACAAGACUAAAGAGAAAGUAAAAAUGAUGGGAGAAAAGGCCUGCUUUGAGACACCCUCCAUGUCCUUUGAAGCUUACUUGAGCUAUGAUUAUGCGCCUCCGAAACGCAAAAAAUCCUUCAGUGCUGUUAAGAAUCCAAAACGACGUAAAACUGCCCAGAAAGAGAACUCGCAAGUGCGUGAAUCCUGCGUGAAGACACCUGAAGUUGUAUCUGAAGACCCACUAACAAUGGCUCCUGAGCACUCAUUGACCGACUUGCUUAAUGUUCCUCUACCAACCAUUUCUCCAGAAUGUGAGGACAUUUCACAGUAUCAGUAUUUUGGUGAAAUGAAAGCUGAGACAAAGGUCAUGGAUGUUGCUGAAGAGGACCCAGUUUUCAUUGGCCAGAGGCUUAAGAAUAAGAUGCAAGUGUACUCGGGCAAUAAGAUCACAUACCUGCCUGCCAUGAUGACACUAUACCAGCAAUGCAUUCGGGCACUACAGAACAACAUUGACUCUCUCUAUGAGAUUGGAGGAGUCCCUUUCGAAAUCUUGGAGCCAGUACUUGAACGUUGCACACCUGAGCAGCUUCUGCGGAUCGAGGAGUAUAAUCCAGUGUACAUAGGGGUGACAGACCACCUUUGGGAGAGGCACUGCCUGAAAGAUUUUCGGAACGCACAGCUGGAGGAGUAUGAAUCUUGGAGAGAGAUGUAUCUCCGCAUGUCUGAGGAGAGGGAGAGAAAACUAAAGCAACUGACAAAGAGCAUUGUAUCUGCUCACUCUGGGAAACCAAAAGGAAGACAGGUGAAAAUGGCCUUCAUACAUUCAGCUGCUAAGCCACCUAGAAAUGUAAGGAUCCAACAGGAGAUUCAUGGCACAGCUGGUCCCGUGAUAGUUCCUCGCCCAACAGACAAACCCAGUACUGUGAAACUCCACGAGAGCCAUGGAAGAUCCAACUUCAGUGAAUCUUCAAAACCCUCCAACAGCUCUGGACAAACACAUGACCCACGAAAGAUGAAGCGAGUUGCACCGAUGAUGGCGAAGUCCCUCAAAGCCUUUAAAAAGCAGAUUUGUCGCAGAUAAAUUAUGUAAAUAAAAUGAUUCAUUAUUUACUAUGUUCCCCAAUAUGGUCUAAAUAGUUUGAGAUUUUUUUGCCCCAUUGUCUUCAUAAUUCCUGUAGGCAUUUAAAAUAAAUUACAAAAUGUUAUGUUAAAUUAAUUUUUGUAUGAACAACAUUGCACUUCUGAAUCAAAUAGUCUCUUUUUAUUGAUCUUUCAUAUCAUGACCGAUACUGUUCUGAAUUCUGAAAUUAAAAUCACUUCAACCAUAAAAUGUCUCCUGUUGGUUGUAGUAAUCAUCUCUGUUAUUGAAAUAUUAAUAUUAGGGUUUGUCUCCAUCUAGUGUUUAAGGAUAGCAGUACAAACGAAAUAUAAAUUUAAGUUUGUAACUGUUGUGGUUUUUUAACUGCUUACAACGUGCACAUGCAGAACUGUGAUCUUUC